CAGCUAAUGUCCAACCUCCACUUGUCCUUCCAGAGCCUCCGUACACUUUGAACAGGUGACUUCAGGUAAAUUUCGUUUCCGGAAAGGAACUGACAUCAACUCAUCACACAUAUCAAAGAGGAGCGGGGAAAGUGGACACCCCUGCCUGCAUCCUUGCUUGAGAGGAAAUCGAUCCGACAGGGUCCCAUUAAUUCGAACGCCAGCCUAGUCUCAUCAUGGAGCAGAGAAACCUGCGGCAGGAAUUUGAGUAUCAAUUCAACGACGUGAUCUCACGCUUUGAGUCCAAGGAGUUCUUCCAGUCGGACUGGGACAAAGCUUCGUUUGCAGUUUUCUUCAUCUUUAUUGGGAUGAUUGUGCUGCUGCUGAUCCUUGUGCUCGUCCGCUGCUUCUGCUGCUGCUGCUGUGAUGAUUCGGAGCCUCGACACCACAAGGUGGGGAUCGAUAACCUGGCUCUGGAGCCCUGACACUUCUGACCCCACUGAUGGAGGUGGAUCGCUGCCUGACUCCCAGCUGCAUCAAAUCGACUGAUUAUUUUUGUCCUCACCCUUGAAUCAUAAAUGAAUGUUUUUAAAGAUGUAUUGAAAAUCUCAGUGUCUCUAUGAAUAAAUGGAAGUAUU